UUGUCCACCUCUGCACUAGAACAAACAUCCUUCCCUUACUAGAUUGUUCUGUUAAAUCACGAGCCUCAUGAAGACAAAAUUGUGCAUUACUUUACAAAGUAAAGAGUUGGAGAUCAUUAAUCAUCUCACAGUUCCUCAGCUUCUGAGGAUACAACCCCCCUUUGGCUGGGAACCAACCUACAGCUGUCUAAUAAUAAUAAUAUAUCACAUCGAUUGCUGGGACGUUUUUCAGAUUACUGAUCACUGGCUUUAAUAUUGCAGUGACACUUUCAAUUUAAAGAACCUUUAAGCAGAUAAUCUGUCUAAAGAAACACACCAAACCAGGAAUUUAAACUUUCUUUCCCUCCUUCACUAAUCUUGGCCCUUCACAUUUGUCUCCUGGCCUCCUAGAGAGCUCCAGCCCCCUAUGUUGGAAACCACUGAAGUAAAGUGUAUAGAAAGAAGUUGGUAGUGGUUCCUUGGUCAUUUUAAACGCCUUGUGCUGAUAAUUCAGAGCAUCCUUGCACCUCAUCGGGGACUCUGCUGCAGACCUUCCUCCUCCUCCCCCUCUUUUACACGGACGCGCCCUCCCCUUCAGCGCAGCGGAUGAGCGCGCCGUGGAUGCUCGCUGGAGUACAGAGCUGCAACGAGGACGGGAGGAGAACACUUUGACCGGCAGCGGGGGAGCGACAUCGGGACACUUCUUUUCUUUGAAAAACUAAAAGAUAAAACAAAGGAAAACUUUGGAAUUUCCGGUGCAAACUUGAAACUUGUGAGGUCGGAGGACGAACUGUAGGGUCAGCAUGACAUCUCUGAUGAACUCUGCGUGCUUGCUCUUCUUGCCUGUUGCUCUGCUUCUGAUGCUGAGUCCAUGUUCUGCAGUCUCAGCCAGAAGGUGUCACUCCAUCUACAAGGGUUUCGCUCAGUGUCUGAUGGCUCUGGGCGACAGUUUGACGGACAGCGCCCGCAAGGAGGAGGACACGCACGAGAUACACUCCAUCUGCAGGUCGUGGGAUGAGUUCCAUGACUGCGCUAACGUGGCGAUGGCUGGCUGUCCCGAGGAAGCGGCAGCUGUCUGGGAGUCUCUCCGCCAGGAGUCUAAGAAAAUGCAGUUCUCCGGAAACCUUUAUGACAUGUGCUCCAACCGUAACACCCACCCAGCGGCCUCGGUGUCCCCUAACGGCUCACCCAACCAAGAAGAGAUCAACCAGGAGUCUCUAAGAGGGAGGGCCUAUCACGUGGCAGGCUGCCUCCACUAUCUCCUUCUACUGUCUCCUCUGCUGCUGCUGUUGUUGUUUUGGAUAUAAAUACCCCCAAAGAAAUGGGAUUAGUGUGAAUAGAUAUAAACUUUGUGUACUUUUUCUUCCACGAUUCCAUAGACUUUUCACUGCUUCUUCCUCUGCUCUGCCAGGGGUCGAAUAUUUCUAACUGCAUGUUCAGAGGCUCGACAGUCUUUUUGAUAAUAUAUCUCUAAAUUGCCUGUGCCGUUUCAUGCAUAUUCUCUGCCUAUUAAUUAGAUUCUCAGUUGAAAGAAAGCUCACAAAACUCACCGAGAGAUACACAAGCCCUGCAAACACAUACAUAGUUGAGCAGAUGCAUACUGCAGCCUCGCAUCAUCCGUCUUUAUCCUGUAUCCUUCUAAAUCUAGUUAGUACGAGCUUGCAUGUGAUGGUUUCAGGGUGAGUCUGUCUCCUUGAAUGCAAUAAGAUAAGAGAUUAAUAAGAGAAAUGUAAUAACUAAGACUUGUUUGAUAAACUUGAAAACAAAGCGAUGAAAAGACUAGGUGCCACAACUAGUUACUGUUAACCCCACUUUUAUGUGGGCUUUACAUGAUGAACAACACCUAUUUCCUAUUUACUAAAUGCAGACACAGUGCUGGGUGUGAGUAGUUAAGAUAUAAUGAUGGUGAUGAUGAUGUAGUUCUAAUGUUCCGAAAUUAGUUUUUCAGACUACAAAGUAAUUGGAGUCAUAAAUUACACUUGCUGUAAAUGGAGCUAACUUUGAAGCUAACUAAUUUUGAAUAAUGUUCUUAUUUAGAGAAAAUGCAUCACAGUGUCUUCUGUGGGUGCAGGAGCAACACGAGCUCUGAGCUGAAGUUCAAUUGAAGUCAGAGUAUGCCGGAGUGGUUUUUAUUUGCUGCUUGCUCAGUUAUGAAGUCCUCUGGGGCUCCUCCUUGGCAUCCUGCAUUGGAGCCCUACAGUAUGGGACCAAUAUGUUCUCCAGUCAGAAACACAACCCACUUGCAUGCCAAGUGGAUUUCAUGCUCCAGGAGUCAUAGAUUUGGCCCUGCAGGCCUGCUUGAGCUGCUUGUUAUUCUAAGUGGUUGCAGGUAACAGUUGUUUCUGUCUGGCCCAGGAUCAGAUAUAUUAUGAGAUUAGAGACAGAUAGAGAGUGAGAGAGAUGAGUACAGCUGGAAAACAUACAGUUCUGCCUAGUUGAAGAUUGAAUCCACUUGUCUCGCAGCGAGUGUGUUUUACACAGGGGGCUUUAGGUUGCAGGUUUACUUUUCCUUCUCUACAAAAAAAAAAAAAAAUCAAAGCCAGGUCAACUUUAAAGAGUUACGCUAAGAUAUGUGGAUGCACAACACAUAAUCCUCAAGGGACCACAACAGUGCACCAACUUUAAGAGAGGUGGAAAUAAAUGAAAUUUAUUAGACAAAAAAGAUCCAAAGAGAGCUGCGUAAUAGCUGAUUGAGUCUGUCUACCUUGCCAGUGGCAAGUUCGUUAAAUGUACCUUACAGAGUUGAAUAGAAGCCGAGAGGCAUUUCAAACAGAUUUAUGGAUGGGUGACAAAUGAAAGAAAAAUGCAACAUAAAGUGCGUCUUGAUUUUCCAAGUCUCUGGCACUCUGCUUGAGGGAUGAAACAUCAUUCUCCCAAAGAUAUUCCCUUUAUUUGGUGUUUUGAUGAUGGCAGCGAGGAGUGCUGUGUAGCAAAGCAGCCCGAAAUCUCCUGGAGGUUCAACGGGGUUGACAUUGAAUGAGAAGGUCAUAGCAAAUGAAUCACACUUUUCCUUUCCCAUGUCCAUUCAGCGACCCCUUGUUUACUAUAAAUGGCUGAAUUAUCAUUCUGGAACAGUUCAUACACUGUAUAUAAAAGAUAGACAUAGCCACCAUGAUAACAACCAACGGGUCUGUGAAGUCUUACCAUGAAGCCUAGAGCUGAAUAUUGUUCUGGUUGCUUUUUAUGUUUUGAAAUCAGACUGAGACUGAAAAAUUCAAGAGACACGUCACAUAUAUGUUGUAGCAACAUUGCACAAGGGUCCUUGUGGACGUCCAUGUGCAUGCCUGUGUUUUUGACCAUGUGGACUGAUGCACAGAGAAUUUACAUUGCAAUGCACCAACCUAACCAGCUCCCCAAGCAACAGACUUCAAGCAGAUUUCAAAGAUGUAUAAUAACAAAUAUAGGAGUAUAUAAGAAGUAAAAAUAAGUAUGUCUCCAUCUGCAUUCACAACAGUGAAGCCAAAGGAAACCAAGGAAAACAAAAUACAUUUUUCUUAUAGAUUCACCUAUAAAUCGAGUUCUUUUUGCAAAUAGCAGAUUCACCCCCUACUGGCCAACAGACGGAGGAACAUGCAGGAGGAAUCAGUGGUACUGAACAGGCCAAUCACAAUAACGUGGGCGUGUCGAGGACACAGAUAGUUACAUUUCAAGAGAUGUGCAUGCCAGGUUGCAUUGUGGAGUUUCGGAGAGGUUUGCGGUUCUGGUGCAGUUGCCACGGUAACAGUGCAAAACGCAAAUGUAACAGAAGAGAUGAGGGUCACAUAUGUAAAAGUGUAUUUUCAGUUCUUGUACCACAGUCUUAGGGAGCAGAGGGGGUGUUAUGCUUUUUACUGCCCGUGGUAAGGAACAGUCUUUUAAUCUGUUGUCAAAAGCAAACUUUGCCCUACAAGCUCAAAAGCUCAGUACAACUGAAACUCCAACAAAUAUUGCAUUUUUAAUCAUUUUUUAAAUGUUAAGAAUAAACAGCAGCAGGAACCCACUGACAGAAACAGUGAGACAAAUUUACACUAAAAGAGAAAAACUCCAACCAUCCCACAGCUCCUUUUUUACGUGAGGGACUUCAUCCACAGAUAUGCUUGAAUUUUUUAAAGAGGCUGCUCCAGUUUUGAACUUUAAUUAAACUGACAGAAUUAGCAAUUAAGAGGCCUCAAUGGCUGACUCACUAAGGUGCAGCAAUUUGAGAACUAUCUUCAUGGAGCUCUGAUAAGAUGAUGCAACUGGAGAUUAAAUGUAAGUAAAUCCUAAAUGUGAGGACACACAGGAAGAUCACACAAGACGUGUUUGUAUAAAAAUCCUACAGCACAGUGAGUGCUGUCAACAUGUCCCAGGGUGGUUUAUGGAAAUGUAACAGGUUUAGACCUGCCUUUAAAGACUCUUACAUACAGAGGUACUCCAAAACACAAAGAAACCUUCUCAACUCUCUGUUAUGAGAAGUUCUGUUGCAUGAACAAAUCCGAUUUCAGCGAUUUUUCAAUAACUCUGCAGUGUAAAUGCAACAUUAUUGACCAAAGCUGAGCAGGGAAUUAUUUCCCAGCACUGCAUUUGAGACUAUACAUCUCUUUGCCUCCGGCAACAGCUUGGUGUUCUGACAAAUAGCUUAAAUUGGACUGAAAGGGUGGCAGGAGAUGGAGAAGCAAUCUUAAACACCAGUACAUCACUGUCCCAUCAAUGGUACACUAUAUUUGGCUUUAUUACUCUGAGCAAAUGGCAGUGAAAACAACAAACAUGUUGCCAUUUAUUCAUUUCCUCUGCAGCACAUUUUGAUUGCUACAGAAGAGAAUAAAUAUGGUUAGGGGCUGGGGUUUCCAUUUCCUUUUAAAUGCUUUAUUAAAGAACCAGACUCCUCUGAUACGAUCCUUUUUCAAUCAACACAACUUUGCUCCCCUCUUUGUCUUUAUGACCUGCAGGAUCACAGUCCCACUUCUUUCACUAAUUAUUAAUUGUUAACAGAGACACAGAAAGCCAAAAGUUUCAUGCUGAUCCAUCAUCAACUCGCUCACACUACAAAUUAAAAAAUUAAAAUUAAAAAAGUUUUGUUAGCCUAUUUAGCGAUGCAUGGUUAUGAAUGCGGAGCUGUUUCUUUGAAUCAUACAAACUCUGCAUUUCUAAAGAGAUGAUAGAGAAAGUGAAAUUUGUGCAUCUUUUAAUAACAGCUGAUUCAGUUUUGGGCUUUUUAGGAAACCAGGAAUCUUUGCUCACCAGGUGACAGACACUCUUACUGUCUUUGUUUAUCAUCCUGGCAAUGUUUGUUUUUAUUUAUAAUUUAUAAAUUCUUUACUACUGUGGAAGAAAGCAGGGUUCACCAACACGUAUUUGCUCUACCUUCCUAAUUAAUCAUAUUAUAAAUGUGAUAUGUGAACACAAUGAUUUUUGUGUUUCAGAGACAAAGAUGUAGAUAUCAAACGGAGACAAGGCACACACACACACACACGCACACACAUAUAUACAUAUAUAUAUAUAUAUAUAUACAGAGAAGAAUGAUUGUUUUCCUGAUCUUGUUACUCGCUCCUCAAAAAGGAAGCACUUAAGUUUUUAAAUACAGCAGUCAAACCAACAGAGAGUAGGGGUGAUAUCACACACGGGGGCUCGUUCAGCUGCAAUAAAAGUUAAUCAGUUUCUAGUCUAUUUUUCCAUCAGCAAACUCACCUGGGUUUUUCCAAUAUCAAUACACAUUUUUAGUGGGAAAAAAAAAUCCAUUUAGUAAAAAGAAUUACACACAGGGUUACCGAAGGACCUCCAACACACAGUUCUCCAAACUCGUUUAUUGUUAUCAAGCUUUAACUGAAGCACAGAUGUGAUCUAAUUCGGAUGCUCAUUUUUCUGACUUUAAUGGAGAUCUCCUUUAGGGAUAUGCUGACUAAAUCAUCCUGUAUAUUCAUAGACUGAUUUGUAUGUGAGGGUUAUAGAUAGCUUUCCUUUUUGUGUUCAUUCUGGAGGGAUCGUAGCAAAAAUCGAGCACAUAAAAUUUCUUUUUACUGGCUGUAAGAGCAUUUUUUCACUACAUGAGAGCUGAGCAUUUUCCCCAGCCAGCCUUUUCUAUAAUUCUGUGGAGGUGAAACACCAGCUCUGCCUCUCUGUAGUGAAUGUUUCCCUCACCUUCAGUUUGUCUCUUGAACUCCUGUUGUCUUUCUGCCUCUGCCAACUCCUCUCUGUCAUUUCAUUUGGCUCCUCGUCUGUGAUUUGGGUAAAUAUGGCAGACCCUCAAAUAAGUUAAAUUGUAACUUUACGUUUCCAGAAAGCUUGCACUAUAAAAUGGACAUUCCAGACUGGAUAUUGGUGUUUACUUCAUCCAGACUUAUUAAACAAUUGAAAUUAUGUAAUUUAUGAACAAUGAGGAAAUGUGUUGGGGUUUCUUGCCCUGACUGUUUUGUGCACCUCACAGUCCUAGUCUGACCCAUAAAGCUACAAAACUGACGUUUACGGUUAAUACGUCAGCUUGAAAACCACAUUUACAUUAUGUAUUACAGUAUGAACAAACAAGAGUUAGGCUGGAAGUAACAUACAGGAAAUUUUGAUAUGAGAUUUACUGGAUCAGACUUGUGAAAGCACAGACAGACAGCUAUCACCUGGAUAGCACACACAUCUACUCGCAUUUAGCUAGUGACUGCGAGCUCAGCUGUUGUUUCAGGCUCAUAGCUCAAACCUGAGGCCUCCAGUUAUAAUUACUGAUAAGAGGGGAAAAAAGAAAUUACUAGAUACUAAAAAGUUUGGGAAGCACAAGAUAAGUAUGGCAGUGACCUAUGUACGUCAUUAAAGAUGCAUUUUGUGAAGAGAAAGGCAAUGAAAGAAAAUAAUUCUGCUUUUCCCCUUCCAUUUAUGGCUAAUAUAAAAAGGAGUGAGAGAGUAUUUAAAUGAAUCUUAAUGCCUCCUCCCCUUAUUAAACACCGUUCAUAAAUUCAAACUACUAUGUCGAAAGUCAAGUCACAGUUUUAUGACAAGAAACGCACAGACUGACAAUGAGUAAAGUCACAUCACUCUGUAUAGUGUGAAUACUUAAAUCUCUGUUAUUAUCAGUGUAUAUAACAGUUUCAUAUAUAUAUAUCAAAUGUCAUAUAUGCCUUGCAAUUGCUACUUUUAAAGCUUUAACAUUUUCUAUUGUAGUGUUUCAUCCACUUUAUUCCUCUCCCCAGGACACAUUUAUCUGCUCUUUAACAGCUGCUAUCACUGAUCGUAUAACAUACUGAGCUUUUUAGAGAAAAAUUAUAUUUAUUUUAAAAAUAUGCAUUAGAAAAAAAUCAGUUCAUAACUACUAGAUAUAUGUCCUUAAUGAGAAAAAUUGACGCUUGAUUGCAAAACAAAACUCUGGAAGGUGUCAUGAGCAGCUCUUGUGAUAUUUGUUUUAUGAUAAAACAAUAAAAUAAAAUGAAUUUGAUUAAAUGACCAAGCUAAUAAUCAGUUGAUUAAUCAGCAUUUUUAAAAAUGUGCUUUGGGUGUCUUAUAAGCUACAUGACAUUGAGUGGUGGUGAGAACAGCUCUCUUCAUUAGACCGUUUGUUCUAUAUAAGCAGGGCGUUACUGCUGAGCUGUCAGUCACCUUCACAUUAAAUUAACUUAUACAUAAUUGCUAUAAAUGAUAGAGGAAAAUUGACUCGGAGCGUAACAAUUUUAAAGCCAUAAAGUGCACGUGUAAUUCAAACUGUUACAUCUUCUAUCUUUGCAGCUGGAUUGUUAAUUGUAACUGCAUCUUUCCCUCUUUUUCUCAUUUUGAUCCACAUUUCCGACUAAAUUGCCGUUUUCUCUCCUGAAAACUGUGCUUUUGGGCCUCACUUUGAUCUUGUCACACUUUAGCCCUUGGACUGUUGAAUUUAUUUACACAAGGGCCUUAAACCACAAUCUCCUGCUUGGCAGUCUUGUUUUUAAUAUCUGUUUUCAGACAGGCAAAAAAUAAAAAAUAAAAAUGCUAAAAUGCUUCUUGUGUAUAAAGUAAAUCCAACCACCAUGCUUUGAUUUCUCAGAUGGGCCCAUAAACGAAGCGCUGAAUGACUUCAGCUUCCUAUAAUCUACUCAUGUAAAACACACUCUGUGUUAUUUGAAAUAACUAGUCUAACAAUAUGAAAUCCUGUCACAUGCUGGAUUUUGCCAGAAAAAAACACAACACAAGCUUUAUAUGUGCGUUUAUUGUUGUGUGUGUACACAAACAGUGAUUGUUUUCUGUGUUUAAGGUUGUAAGUGUGUGUCUGUGUGUGAGAUGGAAAGUGUGGUAUAAAUCAGCUGUUAAAUGAGUGAUUUAUCAACACAACAUGAUGUAAAUUUCAUUGUUACUGAUUAAACUGCUCUUCUUCGACACUUUCCAAACAAGAUGGCAUCCCCUAACCACGUUUGUUUGUUGAAUUAGCAUGCAGAGCUUUUUGCCAUUUUGUGUGCAAAUAACAGAGGACUAGAACCACGUGUAUGUACGUGCAUUAUCAUAUGAAAUAUUCAUUACAUUCCUAUGUGAAGAUUAGGUCAUUUCAAGAAGCUACUAUUCGGGAGAUCUGAACAUCAUCACAUCAUGGAUGAAGGAAUUACUCCAUGGAUGAAAGCGGGAAUCUUCAUGACAGCAGCUCUGUGCACAUACUGAUCACAUAAGUGUAUUUUAUUGUGGACAGUGACAAAGAAUGCGCAGUAUUGUACAUCAAUAAAUACAGCCAUAAGUCUUUUGAAAUGAUGGAGACGCAGCAUUUUCUGCUUCUAAAAAGAACUUUGUGAGAUAUUUCUGUAUUUGUCCUUGGCUGUCUUUGAUUAUGUCUGCUUUCUCUCCUUUUUUCUUAAACCUUUAUAUCAUAUCACUCUGCUUAUCUUACUUUUUUCCCUGCCCUAUCAGAAAAUCCAUCUUCAUGUCGGAGGUUUUGCUACCUUUAUAGAAAAUCAUUAAACUGGUGCU